AUGGUAAUGAUCGACACACUUCAUAUAAAGUAUCCAACCAAAAUGAACACCUAUAUCACUUUCGCUUGCCUUUUGGCCGUAGCUACUAGCGCCCACGGCUCGGGUUAUGGCCUCGGUUAUGGUGGUCUCGGCUACAGUGGACUCGGUUAUGGUGGAUACGGAGCAACAAUUAUAAAAGAACCCGUCAUCAUUAAGUCAGCACCCAUCAUUAAAACUGUGCCUAUUAUUAAGUCAGUUCCCAUCAUAAAAAAUGUAGAAGUUGCCCCAAUUUUAACUUCCCCGAUUAUUAAGUCUGUAGGAUACGGUGGAUACGGACUUGGCCUUGGCGGAUACGGACUUGGCAAAAGCCUCGACUACGGACUUGGCUAUGGUGGAUACGGACUUAGCUAUGGUGGAUAUGGAAAGAGCCUUGGCUAUGGUGGAUACGUAACAGUCAGACGCCGCAUGGCCGAGCGCGGCAAGCAUCGCGUCGCGCCCGUGCCGGCGCCGACAAAGAAACAAUACGCGUACGUGCCUUGUCCAAGAUCUGAAGAAGUCGGUACAGAGUUUGCUUUACAGCUUCUUAGGCAUCAUCAGGAACCUCCCACGCCAGAAAAACAACCCGGUGAGUUUGACAGU